CACCAUAGUCGCACAAUCCUGCCGCGUCACAUCACAUCACAUCGCUACCUCUCCGCGUCACUGUGCUGCUGCGAAGCAGGAUUCCACUUCACUCCACACACCCACACACAUCCUUUUUCCAGAAGUCUCUCUAUGUUCUCUACCCCUCCUUGACCGUCACACUCACAUGAUCUCCUCCCAUCGGUACAUAAACUCCGUCAGCGUCGCUUGCCGUUGCACACCAUCUCACUCACCCACACGACAGCCUAUCCUAGCUUUCCCACGAUAAGCUGAAGUCACCCCUUUUGCAUGUAGAGCAGCAGCACUAGCAGCAGACGCAACAGCAGGGACUGACAAUGGCGGAUCGCCACUUUCCAUCAGCCCGUGCUUCCGCGGAGCUCUUCAACGCCUUCGCCUUCAGCGGCGUCGUCGGCGAGGGCCAGUUCGGCCGCGUGUGGCGCUGCGUCGACCGCGCGACGGGCGCCUCGCUAGCCUGCAAACAGAUCCGCAAAUCCAACCUCACGCAAAACGAGCUGGACUCUCUCGAACGUGAAAUUUCCGCCAUGAAAUCCCUACACGGCCAUCGCCACGUUCUCCCGCUCCGCGGUCUGUACGAAGACGAGAAAGCCGUCUACAUUCUCACGGACCUGUGCGACGGCGGCGAUCUAUUCAGCCACGUCGUCGAGACGGGCGGGAUCCCAGAGCGAGCGGCUGCGAUGAUCUUCGCGCAGGUCGCGGACGCCGUGCGAUGGUGCCACAUGCACAGGAUCGUGCAUCGCGACAUCAAGCCCGAAAACGUUCUCAUCACCACCACCACUCUCGCCACUGGCACGACGGCUAGUAGCCCUAGUACCAGUCCCGCGUUGCCUGUUCAAGACACGUCCGACGUUCGAUUCGAAGCGCGCCUCGCGGAUUUCGGCCUCGCGAUGGAGAUCCCGAGGGGGUUCUCUCUCCGCGGCGCGGUGGGCAGCGCGCCGUACGAAGCGCCGGAAGUCCUUGCGGGAGAUCUCUACAGCUUCGGCGCGGAUAUCUGGUCUCUCGGGGUGCUGCUGUACGCGACGAUCUCCGCCAAAUGGCCGUCUUUCCCGGGGAACACGCGGAGAUUGCUGCCGGAAGUGGAUUUUUCCAUCGCGCCCUGGCCGUCCGUGUCGCACGAGGCGAAAGAUCUCAUCCGUCGGAUGCUGACGCUGGACACGACCCAACGGCUGGAUAUCGAUGGCGUGCUGGCGCAUCCAUGGCUCCGACUCGGACCCCGAGCCUUCGCUUACCCGCCGAUCAAUAAACCGCUCCAACUCGCAUCAUCAUCAAAAUAUUCAUCAUCAUCAUCAUCAUCAUCAUCAUCAUCGUCGUCGUCGUCAUCGAAUGCCCCUAAAUCGGCGGGCGAUGCGCAAUCGGAUCAACCCAACGCGCUCAGAUCACCCAACGGUGUUGGUACUACUACUAGUACUACUACGACCACGCCCACUGAAUCUCCCACCACCGCUUCCUCACCUACCACUGGUAGAGCGUUUCCCCCGUCUAAAGCGCGCCGAAAAGACCGCUCGCGUGAGCCCGAGUCCGACUCGAGCACCGCCGGUGCCGCGAACGGCGCAGGCGGCGCAGGCGGCGCAGGUGACGCAGGCUGGCCGAGGCAGGCCAGCUUUGGCGACUGGAGCGAGUGCGGAGCGGAAGGUCGUCGCGCGGACACUGGUCGCGCGGACGCUGAUCUCGCGGACCUCUAUCGCGCGGAGGCCGACCGGCGCAGCGCGGCGGAAGCAGCGAAUUGCGGCGCUGCCUCGUCGCGUCAGUUGUGGUCGCGGCGCCCACCGACGACUGCGUCCGACGCGUCGUCCCGCGGAGGCAGCAGGAGCAAUAGCAGCAGCGGGAGCGACGGCUGCAGCAGCAGCAACAGCGGAAGCAGCAGCGGCGGCAGCAGCAGCAGGCCGAGGAGGUUGAAGCGGGAAGUGGGGAUCGGCGGCAGCAGCAAAGAGAAAGGGGCGCAGGCUGACACUCGUCCUGCAGCUCAAUCCCCCGCAAGCGCACGCGUGGGCGGCCCUCCCAAGUCUCCCUCCCAUACCAAUCCGUCCCUAUGGUCUCCUGCCGGGACUCCUGCCGGGUCUCCCGCCGGCAGCAGCAACGCCCCGUCGUCUGCCGUCUCCCGGCUGUCCCCCAAGGCGGCGUCUCCCACGCUGCCCUUCCCGCGGUCUGCAUCGACCCAGUCCAUGGCUUCCCUUCCUCUCCAGUCCCCCAGGCUGCCCCCGCCCCGGGGAGCAUCACCCACGGCCAAGCCAGCACCUCGCUCGUGUCCCCCCCAGGGAAUUCCCCUUCAGCCGUCUACCCCCAAGGCUUCUCCGCGCGACAAGCCGCGCACAGGGGGGUUUUCAGCCUUCCCAAAGAGCCUCUCCGUGAAGGGGGCAUCAGAGAAAGGGGUGUCUGAGUCCCUGGCUGGUAAGCCUCGGCCGCCGAGGAGACUCACUAAGCCCAGCAGCGGCUCUUGGAACGAGGGAACCCCACCCAGCAGCAGCAGCAGCAGCUGUUCCCGCACCUGGCAUCGCCGCACGGUCUCGGAUGUUGAGCGCUCCCCUGCUAUUCCCAUCGCUGUCCCGGAGCUCCCUCUAUCGGAUCUCCCUGUACCAGACCUGCACGUUUCUGACUGUCAGCCAUGCCCUCAUCCUCCUCGCAUUGUUAUUCCAUCCAGCCCGGCAGUGAGUGACUCGCUCGGUGAUGAUAUUGAUGACAAUGAGCUGACCCCUACUUUCUGCUUUCGGCCUGCUGCUGCAAUCCCCUCCCCCUCUGGUAGCCCACCUGCCAGGGAUAUUUCUUCCCCCGCUGUUUCUCCAGAUGGAGCGGCAGUUCAGCACAGGCGUAAAAUGUCACUAUUGCCCUCGGUUGCCUCUUCCUGCUCGCGCUAUGCUAGGAAUAUUUUUACGCCUGCGGCAGUAGCCAUGGCGUCUGGUCCAUGGCAGUGGCAGUAAGCAUAUCGAUAGAUCUUGAAAUAUGUUAGAGUAGGUUAUUGUACUGGGAUGUGUUUUUUUAUAUAUUGCCCACCAAAUAAUUGCACAGUAGCCAG